UGUUUACGAAAGAUGGCUGAGGCGACGCCUAGACUAUGCAGUCAUUAGAGAAACUGGCAACCAUGCGGCUCCCGGGUUCGUGCACACAAUUCUUCAUAGUGGCAGUGGACACCGUGCCGUGGCCAGCGAAGUCCGAGAAGAAUUGUGGAAAAACAACAGAUACCCCAAAUCGAACUUCUUUCAGCAUGGCCAGGUUUUGUAUGGAUUUCCGACCUACAUCAAGGACACCUUGGACUUGAGAUUUGCAAACUCUCCUCAUAUGAGAGAGAAGUGCACUCUCAACCCAGUACUGCGGACCAACACUUAUAAUCUUUCUCUGAAAGAGAUCGCCACUGUGCCCAACUGGCUAGCGCCGCUGACGAUCAGCAACUGCCCUUACCCACACACGCUGGAGACGCCUCUGACGUGGACACUUGGAGAGAAGCCAGCCCACAAAGGGAUACAGUCGUGUCCGAAUCCAGCCAGAAUUAACAAGCCGGCAUAUCCGGAAUGUUGCUAUCGCCAUGACAACGUCUGCAGCGCUGUCUACUGCCAUGACCCCUUGCCAGAGACCGUCUACAUCCCCGGACCAUAUGGCAGAGGUGAAGCUCAUUUCAAGUGGCAUCUCAACCAUCCCGAGGGCAAAACAGGAACUACCAUCUCAAGCAAAACAGAAGCUUCUAGACCUCUUAAAGAAAUUGAUUCUUCAAAACGAUGUGGUUGUUAA